CUGCGCCUGAGCGUCUUCUGGCGAGGAAAGCGGCCGGCCGCCCAGCUAGGCGUCGGACUCCCGAGUCCGCUCUGCUGUCGGCCCCGGGAGGCGGAGCCGGAAGCGCUACGGGCAGACCCUGGAGCCCCUCGGUGGUGAGAAGAAUCCACCUUCUUCCUCCCGGCUCCGCUCCGCCCCAUCUGCAGUCACCCGAGCCCCCUAGUUUGGGAGGGACGGUGCAGCCGGAGCUCCUGAACCCGGAAGUAGGGUCAACCUCCCGCCUCCGCCAUGGAGCCCCCCGCGCCGUCCCUCACCGAGGAGGACCUGACCGAAGUGAAGAAGGACGCUUUAGAAAAUUUGCGUGUAUACCUGUGUGAAAAAAUCAUAGCUGAGAGACAUUUCGAUCAUCUACGUGCAAAAAAAAUACUCAGUAGAGAAGACACUGAAGAAAUUUCUUGUCGAACAUCAAGUCGAAAAAGGGCUGGAAAAUUGUUAGACUACUUGCAAGAAAACCCCAAAGGACUGGAUACCUUGGUUGAAUCUAUUAGACGAGAAAAAACACAGAACUUCCUUAUACAGAAGAUUACAGACGAAGUACUGAAACUUAGAAAUAUGAAACUAGAACAUCUGAAAGGACUGAAAUGCAGCAGCUGUGAACCGUUUCCAGAUGGAGCCGCAAACAACCUCUCGAGAUCCAAUUCAGAUGACAGCACUUUCUCUGAGAAACUGAGAGCGUCCACCGUCACACAUCACCCAGAGGGAGAGUCCAGCACAGCCCCCUUUUUUUCUACUCACCCGUCUCUGAAUUUGCCUGUUUUAGAAGUCGGCAGGACUGAAAAUCUCACCUUCUCUUCAACUACACUCCCUAGGCCUGGGGACCCUGGAGCUCCUCCGUUGCCACCAGAGCUACAGUUGGAAGACGAAGGAAGCUGUGCAAACUCUAGUGAGCUGUUUCUUCCCUUGAGAUCACGUGCUCUCUCACGGCAGUGACAGUUUAUUGCGUCUUCUUAAUAAUGAUGGAAAAUAUUUGAAAGGAUAGAAAUCUUGACAAAAUUGCUAUAAGGGCUUAUUAACAUUCAUUUGACACGGUUUUUGUUUGUUUGUUUGUUUUGCCUCCAGGGCUAUCACUGGGACUCGGUGCCUGCACUAUGAUGCCACUGCUCCUGGUGGCCAUUUUUUCCUUUUUAUUGGAUAGGACAGAGAGAAAUUGAGAGAGAUGGGGGUGGGAAAUAGGGUAAGAGAAGGAUAGACACCUGCAAGCAUCCCCCUUUAGGUGGGGAGUUGGGGCUCAGACCUGGAUCCUUGAGCAGGUCCUUGCACUUCAUACUGUGUGCACUGAACUGGCUGGCCCCCUUGACAUUCAUCUUAAAAUACAGCACAGCAUACUAUAUAAAUAAAAUCUUUCGGAAUAAAGGAAGGAACCAUAUCUUUUACUAGCUACAGUAAAAUCACAACUGACUGCAUACUUUUCAGGAUGUUUUGUUCCCCCCACCUAUGAGCUAUUACAUUGUCCUAAAAUUCCAUGUUUUAAGGUUUAUUUUAAUAAGGGGCACUUCUCUGUUGUUGAAAAUAAACUCUUGGGCUGGGGAUGAUGACUCUUUUCAGUCCAUUUGUGCUGGAAGUUUUCUGUCUUAUAUACUGUUCUAACCAUUCAGUUAAUUUUGAAGACAAGAGUUGUUUCUGUUCAGAAAUAAAGCCAAUUACUGCCAAGAAAACCAUCAACAUCUAGUGGGGUUUAAAUCCACUGUGAUUUCAAUGUACUGAAAUACAUUUCUUAGGACCUUUACUAAUGAAUACUACCUUCUUAAGGCUUUCACAUUAUUGUUUCAUUUUUAUUCCUAAAGUAAAAUCUUGGCAUAGAACUGCAAUUAUUCUACAUGGUUUGAUGAAAUCAAAAUAUUUUUCUCUUUUCAUGAUGAUCACCAUAUGCUUGAAAUAACUCGGACGAAAUGCCUUUUUGUAUGUGUAUGUGGCGAUUCUGUUAUUAGUGCUCUUCGGAACACACAGUCCAUCAGCUGCAUUUGCCUUUUAACUAAAUUUAACUCAUUUUACUCAUUUGUAAAUGUACAUUCUCAUUGUUUUUCUUUAAAUUAUAAUUCCUCCAUUUUCCUGGUAAUUCAUCUCAUAAUAUAUUUUCAUUACUUGCACAAAAACAGAGCUGGAAUAUGUUUACAAUAAAAGUUUUAAAAAUGUG